ACAUUGAACGCAUGUUUUUCCGGCGGUGAAACGGGAAAGUGUUUCUGUGCUUUCGUUAUUCGUACCGAACCCGGUAGGCGCCGGCAGUUUGACUAUGGCCGGCAUGGAAAUCGUUGUGGGCACUUACGAGCAGUUUACUGUUUGCUACCGUGCCGAGCCGUCCAAGAAAGAUCCAAGCAAGCUUUACUUCAAGGAAGCAUUUGCGGCGCACCUUCACACAUCCUCCGUACGUUCGAUGGCAUCCCAUGGGAAGUACAUAGCGACCGGGGGAGCAGACGACAGAAUAUGCCUACUAGACGUGGAGCGCGGUACGCAGAUCACGGAGUUUCUGCACCACGACGGCACAAUUAACGCUGUCGCCUUCGCGAAGGACGGAAGCCACCUGUUUGCCGGGUGCAGCGAUGGUGACAUGUCCGCCAUCAGCAUGGGUCGGCUGACCGUUACGCGAACGUGGAAGAAUGCACACAAAGCGGCGGUGCAAAGUAUUUCGAUUCAUCCGCAGGGCACGCUGGCGCUAACGUUGGGCACUGAUAUGACCCUCAAAACGUGGGAUCUGGUUGCGGGCCGAACACUCUUCACGACGGCACUCCGGACCAAUACCAAAUACGGUAACACCGUAUCCGAUGUACAGUGGUCGCCGGACGGCGAUCAUUUUUCGAUUCUUGGUGCGCGCGUGGUCGACGUGAUCAGCGUGGAAACGACACAUUCGGUACGCACGGUAAAAUGUGAUGCCAAACCGACCGCAAUCUGCUGGCUGUCCGACGACGAGAUUGCCGUGGGUCUGGAAACUGGACAUCUGCUGCUUUUCAACAUUCACAACGACGAACAGCAAGAGCAGCUGCCAAUCUACGACACCCGUGUAAAGGCGAUCGCUAGCAACGGAUGUUUUAUAGCAACCGCAUCGAGUGCCGGGGACAUUUCGCUGUGGCGAUUAGAAGGCUCUGAUUUUACGGAAAUUUGCACCCAACAAAGUGGCUGUCGCCCGAUUUGUUUGGUGCUGAGGAGUACAGAAAGCUCCAAGCGGACGGAUGCAGGUCCGUCUAAAACGGCCGCGGUCGAAGAAGCAACGGAACCGAGGGCCGUGAAGAUGGCAGCAAUUGCCACAAAAGUAGCGCGCGAUCUUGCACGGGUUGUGGUAGAAACCGAGGAUCCGGUUGAGUUGGCCGCGGUGCAGCGCAAGCGAAAGCGUCUAAAUGAAAAGGGGAAAAAGUUGAAGCAAAUGAAAAUGAAGGCCACCGGAAUGAAGAAAAAAGAAAAGAACAAAAAACAAAAAUGAAAAUUUUUUUGUGAA